AUGUCCUUCGACACCGCCGACAUGGCCUCGGCUUUGCCCCAGGUCACCAACGGGACCAAGGCUGGGGCCAACGGUCCUAUCAAGGAUCAGCAAGCCUUCGACAAGGCCCGUGAGCAGGGCUGGGUCGCCCCUGAAGCCUACAACUACGAUACCUCUGCCAACAAGGUCGCCAACAACAUCGCUGACUCGCAGCCUACCCCUGGUGAGCAGUACAACGCUCCCAAGUGGGCUCACGAGGCUGCUAAGUACGAGUGGCGCGACGAGUAUGGUGAUGUCGGCCCUAAGUUCAAGGAGCUAGAGGACCAGCUGUUCCAUGGCCAGCACAUCAUGCGCAAGGGUGACAACUACGACGAGCUUACCACCAUCAAGGUUGUCGCUGAAGCCACUGAGCGUCCUGCGCCUAUCACUGACUUCCACUCCGCCGGCUUGCACCCCGUCAUGGUCGAGAACAUCGAUCUCUGCAACUACGAGAACCCUACUCCUAUCCAGGCCUACACUAUUCCCGCCAUCAUGAAGGGCUACGAUGUCAUUGCCACUGCUCAGACCGGCUCAGGCAAGACCGCGGCCUACCUCAUUCCCGCGUUGUCAAAGCUCAUGGGUAAGGCCAAGAAGUUGGCUGCGGCUCGUCCUAACCUGGCCAACGGAUUCAACUCCGCUACUGAUGGCGUCCGUGCUGAGCCUCUGGUCUUGGUGGUUGCUCCCACCCGUGAGCUCUGCUGUCAGAUCUUCGAUGAGGCCCGUCGCCUCUGCUACCGUUCUAUGCUGCGUCCCUGUGUUGCCUACGGUGGUGGUCCCAUGCGCGAGCAGAUGGAGGAGCUCCGUAAGGGCUGUGACAUCUUGAUUGCCACCCCCGGUCGCCUCAAGGACUAUAUGAGUCGUCCUGAGCUUCUCUCGCUCGGUCGCGUUCGGUUCACCAUCGUCGACGAGGCUGACGAGCUUCUUCAAGAUGACUGGGAGGAGGAGAUGAGCGCCAUCAUGGCUGGUGGGGACACCAACGAGGAUGCUGAUCACCGCUACAUGCUGUUCUCGGCCACCUUCGACAAGACCAUGCGCAAGGUCGCCAAGAAGUGGCUCUCUGGUGACCACGUCCGCAUUCGCAUUGGUCGUUCGGGCUCUACUCACGUCAACGUGAAGCAGAACAUCAUCUGGGUUGAGAACAACGAGAAGCAGAAAGCUCUCUACGACCUUCUCAUCUCUAUGCCUCCUUCCCGCACCUUGGUCUUCGUGCGCUCGAAGAAGACUGCCGACUUCGUUGACGACUUCCUCUUCAACCAGGGUCUGCCAUCCACCUCCAUCCACUCGGAUCGCACCCAGCGCGAACGCGAGGAUGCUCUGCGCUCUUUCCGCUCUGGCAAGUCCCCCAUUCUUGUUGCUACCGGUGUCUCGGCCCGUGGCUUGGAUAUCCGUCAUGUUAUGCAUGUCAUCAACUUCGACAUGCCUCUCAUCGAGCACAAGGGUGAGGACGAGUACAUUCACCGCAUCGGCCGCACUGCACGCAUCGGCAACACCGGUCUCGCGACUUCCUUCUACAACGACCGCGACGAGCCCAUGGCGGACUUCCUGGUCAAGAUCCUUCUGGAGACCAAGCAGCCGAUCCCCGACUUCUUCAAGGACAAGAUCCCCGAGGACCUCAAGGUCGAGUUCGACGACGACUCUGCUGGCGAGUCUGAGGAUGAGGCUGCCGCUGGUGAUGCGCAGGGUGAUAAUUGGGGUGCUGGCGAUGCUGAUGGCUGGUAA